GCAACCAACGCGGCGAACACGCGUAUCACGAAGCGCGCGCGCUUGCGUUCUAAAUUUUUUUUAAUAUUUUUUUUUUUCGUGUUUUAUUUUCGCGGUCUAAGUGACUAAUGAGGUUGACUGUGCUCAAUUGACCUCUCUUUAAUUAUUUUUUUUCAAAAAUUUUCAACCUCAUUAGCAAAAAACAGUCAAAUUAAGUGUACCUGAAACAAUUGACCAAUUUAAGUCAAAAUAGUUCAAACGUGAAGUGUAAAGUGAUAAAUAUAAACAAAAAUGUUUCAACGUCAAUAUCUACCUGUAAUCUUACUCGUAAUGAGCUGUAUAGCUGACACCAAGACCGUGAACUACCAGUCGCCUCUCAAUAGUAUUGGUGGGAAGUCAGAAUGUUCAAGUUGCAGCAGCGAAGACGAACUAGGCGUAACGCGAUGGACAAUGCCUCUUCUGAAAUCAGGGGAGAAACGAUACUAUCUUGGAAUAUUCUUCAAGGCGAAUUGGUUCAAAGCUCAGCAGUACUGCAGAUUCCACGGCAUGCAUCUCGCCUCUGUUUCGUCACAGGAAGAAAAUGAUCGACUAGAGAAAUACGUCAGGGAAUCAGGUUACGGCCGCGAGCAUUUCUGGACAUCGGGUACUGACUUGGCUGAAGAAGGCAACUUCUUCUGGAUGGCCAACGGCAGACCGCUCACAUUCGUAAACUGGAACGCUGGGGAACCCAAUAACUUCAGAUACGAGAACGGAGAAGAAGAAAACUGUUUAGAAUUAUGGAACAGAGACGACAAGGGCUUGAAAUGGAACGACUCACCUUGCUCCUUCGAAACAUUCUUCAUUUGCGAAGUUCGAUCCGAUUAAUGUACACGUAUACAUUGCAUUACGACACGACAUUAAUAUCAUUAUGAAUGCCUUGAAUAAUCAAUGAAGGUCACAAUAUAAUGCAUUAAAAUAUCUAUAAACUUAUUCCAAUCUAUACUUACCAGUUGUAAACAUUUUAAUCUUAUUUCGGACAAUGGUUUUGUUUACGUUAUCAUUUUAAAUUUUUUCGUGUCGAUUCCAAUGUAAUGUUUUUGUUAGUUUACAAUCGCUAUGUUGUGAUAACAGACGUACUCUUAGUGUGCUAGAUUUCAACUUCUAAUUAUGUAUUUUCAUCUUUAUUAUUUAAAAGUAAAA